CUAGGUUAGAAAAAUGGCAAAAUUCACUCCUGAAAUUUUAUCAAAAAUAGCCUUUAAAACGGAAGAACCAUGUGUUGUGAGAAAUUUUGAGGUUCCAUGGAAAUGUCUAGGAUCUGAUUUAACAGAGUGGUGUGAAAUAUUUGAUGAAAUACAUCCUCAAGGAGUGGUUUUUGAAAAGGCUUCCCAGAUGCAUGGACAAGUGCCACAAUGGGAGUAUUUUAGGGAGAAAACUCCCAAAACCACCCUCAAGGACUUUCUAAGCUUCAGUGAAUCCGAAGAGUCAAACAAUUCUUGGCUUUCCUACAGUUACAAGAGCCUUCGUGACCUCCCAGGUAAGAUUCGAGAGGAAAUUGAUUUUUCUCCUUUGGGUUUUCCGGAAAUUAAGGAUGACAUCACUCUCUGGUUGGGCAGCAAAGGGGCUCAUACUCCAUGCCAUUAUGAUACUUACGGCAGGAAUAUCGUAAUUCAAGUGUAUGGGCAUAAAAGAUGGAUCCUCUUCAGCCCAGAAGCAAAUUUGCAGGCCACGAGAAUUCCCUUCGAGGAGAGCAGCGUUUACAGCAGUCUGAAUUUCUUCAGUCCGCAACAUCUUAGCCAAUUCGAUGGCAUUUCUGAUCAAGCUCAUAUAGUAACAUUAAAUCCAGGAGAUGUCCUAAUUGUCCCACCCAAAUGGUGGCAUUAUGUUGAGAAUCUCGAAACUGCCUUGACUCUAAAUGCCUGGAUCCCUAUUGAAGAGGACACUGAUGCCCAAAUCCGGGAAUGCUUUACCAAAAGCAUAAUCUUCAAUUUUUUGAGAGACGUCGAUUCUUCGCUUAGGAAAUUUCUGGUUUAUCCAAAUGAGAUGGACAUCUUCGAUAUGGAUCCCAUAGAUUUUACAAAGCUCCAUUUGGAAGUCCUAAAGCACCUCAGGAACGUCAGGAAAUCAAUCCCAAAUCCUAACUUGAACAAAAAUAUUUUAUCAAAUGAAGAAUGGACUGAUUUAUUGAGUAAAAACAGCUCAAUAGAAAUCAUCAAGAGAACAUCUAAACAGGAAUUUCUCAAGAUUCUGGAUAAAAACAGUAACGAUAGGUUUUUGAGUUCCUGGCAAUUUCAGCAAUUUGAUGAAUCUAAGCAAUUAUUAAUUGAUGAAUUAACUGAAUUUAUCAAUUCUCUGUGCGAUAUCGAAGCUACAGAUAGAAUGAAGCAGAGGUAUCUUGGGCCAUCUGCUGCAACGUUUUCUUCUACUACAACGCUCUAAAAACUUUUCCACAGUUGAAAAUUUUCAUCUUUCAACUAAAUAAAAAAAAUGUACAAAAAAAA